CGAACAGCGAAGCUCUGUCAUCUCGCCCACCCCUCGCCCAGACGUCAUCAAGGCUGCAUCAAAGCUGCGCUGCCGCCGUAUCUUUUUAUAUGCCCUCCUCCCACGCAGCACAGCUCUGACCCCGCCAUAAAACCCGCCUCGCCGCCCCUCUGUUGCCGGCGUCCUGAACCACGAGCUCCACCCAUGCCGCCUUUCGCAUCGCUCCUCGGCCGGGUUUCUGCAGCUACAGCCGCUUCCUCCUCCGCAUCCCCCGCCGUCUCUCGUAUCGCCGUCUCACGCCUCUCCUCUGUCUCCAGGCACUUCUCCUCCACCGCCCGCAUCAUGGCUCCCAUCUCUACCGAGACCGACUACCUCGUCAUUGGCGGCGGCAGCGGAGGCCUCGCCUCUGCCCGCAUGGCCAGUGGCAAGUUUGGUGUAAAGGCCAUGAUUGUCGAGGCCGGCCGCCUCGGAGGCACUUGCGUCAACGUUGGCUGUGUCCCCAAGAAGGUGACCUUUAACGCCGCCGCCAUUGCGGAGGCCCUCCACGACUCCAAGGCCUAUGGAUUCUCGGUCGAGGAGACCAAGCCUUUCGACUUUACCUCGUUCAAGAACAAGCGUGAUGCUUACGUCAAGCGCCUCAACGGCAUCUACGAGAAGAACCUCACCAAUGACAAGGUCGAGUACGUGCACGGCUGGGCGAAGCUGCUGAGCCGCAACGAGGCCGAGAUCACCCAGGACGACGGCACCAAGACGACAGUGCGCGCCAAGAAGAUCCUCGUCGCCGUCGGUGGCCAGCCCACGCUAGGCCCUUCCGACAUCCCCGGCAACGAGCUGGGCAUCAACAGCGACGGCUUCUUCGACAUUGACAAGCUGCCCAAGAAGGUCGCUCUCGUCGGUGCGGGCUACAUCGCCGUCGAGUUCGCGGGCAUGUUCAACGCCCUGGGCAGCGAGACGCACCUGUUCUUCCGCCACGAGACGUUCCUGCGCACCUUUGACCCGAUCAUCCAGGAGGGCGUCACCAACGAGUACGAGCGCCUCGGCGUCAAGCUGCACAAGAACUCGAGCCAGAGCAAGAUCGAAAAGGACCCAAGCACGGGCAAGCUCACGAUCCACUACAAGGACAGCAACGGCGAGGGCAAGCUCGAGGACGUGGACCACCUGAUCUGGGCGAUUGGCCGCACCCCCAUGACCAAGAACAUUGGUCUCGAGGAGGCGGGCGUCAAGCUCGACGAGAAGGGCCACAUUGUCGCCGACGACUACCAGAACACCUCUGUCGACAACAUCUUUGCCCUCGGCGACGUCUGCGGCAAGGUCGAGCUGACCCCCGUCGCCAUCGCCGCCGGCCGCCGGCUCGCGGAGCGCCUGUUCGGCCCCGAGCAGUUCCGCACCAACCGCAUCGACUACUCCAACAUCCCGUCGGUCGUGUUCGCGCACCCCGAGGUCGGCAGCAUUGGCCUCACCGAGCCCCAGGCCAUCGAGAAGUACGGCAAGGAGAACCUUACCAUCUACAAGACCAACUUCACCGCCAUGUACUACGCCAUGAUGGACCCGGAGGACAAGGGCCCGACAAAGUACAAGCUCAUCUGUGCUGGGCCGGAGCAAAAGGUCGUUGGCCUGCACAUCAUGGGCCUGGGCAGCGGCGAGAUGCUGCAGGGCUUUGGUGUUGCUAUCAAAAUGGGUGCUACCAAGAAGGACUUUGACUCGUGUAUAGCGAUUCACCCCACGAGUGCUGAGGAGCUCGUCACGCUCAAGUAGAUGAGAUAAAUGUUUAGAAUACAGAUUAGACAUCUUGUGCAAGACAUAAUGCUC